AUGAUGCUCGCACUUGAAGUGGGUGGAUACUCAAGCCUGAAAAAGGCCAGCCGACAUACGAAAGAGGCGCGGCGGCUUGCCUCCCUUGAAGUUGAGCGGGGGUCGUCUCAUUCUGCAAUUGAUCACAAGCCAGCACAGCCACUUCACACCAACAGCUCCGAGAUGUUCGCCAACCACUUCGCGACCAUCGCGCCGCACGCCGCCGUUAUGGUGGUAAGUCCCAAAGACAAGAGCUCGUCCCCCACAACACCAGCGUCCAAAGACCGCAAGAAACACCGAGCUAAGAGCGAGAGUAACGUCACGACCGACAAGAAACCAGUCCGCAUCGCAUCGCGACAAUCCUGCUGAGCGAAGGUCAAGGCCGUCGACCUCAAACCAUUGCGAGAUGUGGCCAAACAUGCGUCGCCGUCUGUACCAUACAUACUGAGUCAAGUCGCCUUAUCGGAGACCGAGCACACAAAACCUAUUUGAAGGCGGAUAAUUGAUAGAUUCUAAGUGAAUACAAAGUGUCGAUUUUAUUCAUUUAUCGUGGAA